GAUGGAUAAACCUAUGUUGAAGAAUCGCCGCUUCUUCCACUUGGAAUAUUUCCUCCUGCCGGACGACAUUGAGCCAAAGAAGGUGGACAUUCUGCUAUUCCCACUGGUGGCCAAAGUGUUCCUGGAUUCAGGACUGAAGACUGUGAAGCUGUGGAAUGAGGGAGACAAAGUCUGGGUGUCCUGGGCCCAAACUUUCAACAUCAACAUGACCAAGGAGCUGCUGAAGAAAAUCAACUUCCACAGCAUCACCUUGCGGCUGUGGGACACCAAGGACAAGGUUGCCAAGAAGGUCCGCUAUUACCGGCUAAAGACGUCGGGGUAUUUGGAGGAUGUGGGCUCCUUUGAGGAAGUGAGGCAUCUGGUUUUAAACCAGAGGAAAUUGUCUGAGCACAGCAACCACAUCAAAGAGGAGCCGAUCCUGGAGGUGCCCCCAGGGAAAUCAGAAAAAUUCAAAAAGCAGUUGAAGUCUGGGAACGAGCCGGAGUCGCUCCCCAAGAGCAUGGACGAGUAUGAGAAGCUGCUGAAGAUGGAAGACUUCAGCGCCCUUCAAUGGAGCGUGUCAGGGAAGCCGAGUGCUAUGGGAGGUAUUGCCGGGUUGGCGAUGAAAGAGAUCAUCCAGAGGACGUCCUUUGGCAGCAUAACAAACUUGUCCGAUAAGCAGAAAUUCCCAAUGAGACUGAGAGAUGCCAAUGGGAAAAAGAAAAGUUCUAAGAAAAAGAAGAAGUCACCGACAGAGGAGGACAUGGAAUCCAAGCACGGAGGCCACUGGAAACCAGAAACCUUCUCUGUUCAGCUGCCAGUGACGCCGCUGCUCGCAGGCGGGCAGAGCAUCGUGGGCCACGCCAGCUGGAAGUCUGCCACUGUCUUGGGCUGCUACCUGACCUUGAGCACAAAGGUUCCCAUCAUGACCGAGGAGCAAAGGCAGGACUUGAACCCCCUGACCAUAAGGAUCAAAUGUGCCUCCUGCCUCCCGUCACAGCCCGUCUCCAUCCAGGAACUAGAGGACACCAACGUCAUCUUCCUGGGCGUGAUGCACCCCAGCGACCUGAAGGAGUACCUAGAGGGGCCCCCCAUGCUGGUGGAGGUGCACGACCGUGACCGCAAGAUGGAGGAGGCCAGCCAGAAGCCCACCCUGUUUGGGGAGGACCCCCUGGACACCUACCUCAACUCGCACGCCCUCAUCUCGUCCAAGGAGACCGAGAGCAACCCUUUUGAGUUCCAGAAGAAGGUGUGGGACCCCUAUGGGGUGGCCCGAGUCAGCUUCGCCGACCUCCUGCUUGGCCGCAAGUACUUGAACCUGGAUGUCCCCAUCCUCAGCUGCGACCCUAGACCCAUCAACCUCAGCCUGGACUGCAGGGACAGGAAGGCGGUGGGCAUCCUGCUGCCCAAGGACAGUGUCCAGCCGGUGCCCAUGGGCAACUACUUGGAGGCCAGCUCGCUGCUCAAGCUGCGGGUGGACGUGGCUGUACCACUGCAGCUGGGCAGGGAGCCCUUGGAGGUGGAUCAGGAAGGUGCCACCACAUUCGGCCGAGUGGUUUUUGUGUUUGAGGCGUCUCGGAGGCUGGCGCUGCUCUUCAGGCUGCUGCAGGACGUGACCACGAUCAACGCUGAGGCCCUGGAGCUGGACAGCUACCCGCUGGAGAACAUCCAGCAGAUCCUGUCAGCCUUUAAGAUGCGGGUGAAGAUCCAGGACCAGCCUGACCUCGACGUGCUCACCGGCUUCCACCUGGUAGACGGGCGGCUGCACGUCCUCAUCCUUGAAGGCCUGGCCGAGCGAGGCCUGAGGCGCCUCUGGGAGAGCCACCAGAGCAGGAUCAGCAACUGGGAGCCGGGCCAGGUGGGGAGGCACAAGGCACUCUACGACUCGCAGCUGCUGUUCCGCAGCCGCCUCUAUGCGGACCUGGAGACCAUCCUGUACCACGUGCACCUCUUCCAGCCCAUGGCGCUGCUGCUCAAGCGGCCCGAGAUCUACAUACGCAACGCCGUGCCCAAGGAGGCCCUCCAAGCUCUCACCAGGAUCUACUGCAUCUGCCACCAUGGCAACCGGCUCAGGGAGGUGAUCAGCAGAGACCUGCUGCCGACCUCCUCCAUGGUCAAAGUCCUGAGUCAAGAGUUCGGCUUGCCCAUUUCACAAGAAGACCUGAUGGAGGGGAAGAUGCUGACGGAGCCCAGGCCCCCCACAUCCCACCUGCAGCGCCCCUGCGGCCGGACCUCCACCCUCACGCAGGACAUCCUCGCCCACCAGAAGCGGUACCUGCAGUGGCGGAGCUCCAUGUUCAAGAGCCAGGGCUGUAAGCUGAGCCUCGUCCAGAAAAACAUCAAGGAUGCCUACCAAACCAGCAGGAAGUCUAUGGAGGCCACUGUGCAGAUGAUGCGAGUUUCGGUUCCUGGCCAAGUACACAACUAUAGUAUUCAGACCCUGAACUCCACACAGCUGGCCAAGAAGCUGCUGUAUCAACAGAUGGCUAAGGAGCCUGGGAGGAGGUUCACAUACUCACAGAAGUACCUCUCGGCCACGGUGGAGCCCCGGGACACAGAGGAGGAGGAGGAGGCUGCCAGAAUGCGGUCUCGCCAGGCCUGGCGCACGCCCAGUGGGUUCCAAGUGAUGGGUUUGCAGAAAAGCACAGAGUGCUACUGUCCCAUCCAUCUGCUGUCCUUGGGCCCCCGAAAAGAGCACGAGGAGUGGAGGGAGGCAGCGCUCUUUGCGAACAUACUUCGUCCUGUGCUCGACCGAGACCGAUGGGGCUGGGAGCACAGGCACCGGGACUUCGAGCUCUACAAGAAGCCGCCGCCCUUCCUCCCGCUGCCCCCAGCUCGGAAGCCCCUGCCAGGGCCCGGGGCCUCGCGAGGCUGUACUAUCUACCAGUCAAAGCCAAGAAGACACUCAUUCCAACCAAGAGAAAGCCACUCAGGCCUGUGUUCCUGCCCAAGAGACACCGACAGUGUGAUGGCUCUGGAGUUAAGCUUUCCAUCUGUGAUCACUGGGAGUCAGGGUUAUUGCUGGGGCUCAGUGCCUGCAAUACGAAUCCACUGCUCCUGGAGGCCACUUUCCCCAUUUUGUUGCUCAUCAUUAUUGUUGUCAUAGUUGUUGGACAGGACAGAGAGAAAUCGAGAGAGAGAUGGGGAAGAGAGAAAGGGGGCGAGAAAGACACCUGCAACCUGCUUCACCUCUUGUGAAGUGACCCCCCCCCAGCAGGUGGGGAGCCGGAGGCUCGAACUGGGAUGCUUACGCCAGUCCUUGCGCUUCGUGUCAUGUGUGCUUAACCCGCUGCACCAUCGCACACCACAAGAGCAAAGCAGUGUUCUGGUGUCUCUCUCAUAACAAGUAAACAAUCUUUUAAAAAGAAACACACCUAGCAAAAUAGACGCACAAAGUGCGAGCA